AUGAAAGUUUCAAGUACUAGUUCAAUUUUGAUACCAUUAAUUGCAAUUGCAAAUGCAGUUGAAAUUGAGAAUCAAAAAAGAGGAUUUUUUGGAGAUUUAGUAGGUGGUAUUUUUGGUACCAGUCCUUCAUCAACAGCAGCUCCAGCAGCAGCAGCAGCAGCAGUGAGUAGCCCAGCUCCAGUUAUUUCUCAACCUGAUACUCCUUCUCAAUUAUCACAAGCUACAGGAACUCCAAUAUCAAACCCAGCAGCACCAAAUCCAUCAUCAUCAACACCACCAACUACAUCUUCUAUAUUACCUGCAAGCUCAGCACCAUUAAAUAAUCCCCCAUCAUCAUCAACUAAUGCAAAUUCUCAAGCAGCGGCUCCAUCAUCAUCUACAACACCAGGUUUUUUUGAUGGUUUGUUUGGUUCUGACUCAAGCAGUGGAUCAUCAAGUGUUGCUCAAUCUACAUCAUCUACUCCAAACCAAACUUCAAGUACAAGCUCAAGUUCAAGUUCAAGCUCCAACACAUUAGCUACUUCAAGUGAUGAUGAUGAAGAAGACUGUGAGACAGAAACUAGUGGCGUACUACCAACUACAACAGUUCCUACUACAACAAGCGGUGGAGGUUCUUUCGAAUCUUGGCUUUCAGAUUUAUGGGGUCAAAGUUCAUCUACUCCUACUACUACUGGAUCAAUCACAUCUAACACAUUAUUACCUUCAUCAACUACAAUUGCUUCAUCAAUACCAACUUCAUCCCGAUUAUCUUCAAGCGUUUCAAUUCCAAGUAUUUCAAUUCCAAAUGUUUCAAGUGUUAAUCCAAAUAAUUCUUCUACAACAUCAAAUUCAAAUGUUUCAUCAAGUUCCACUGAUGAUGAUGAAGAAGAUUGUGAGACUGAAUCAGGAAUAAUUAAUACUUCAACUGCUACAAAUUCUGAUCAAGGAUCAUUUGAAUCUUGGUGGUCUUCAUUUUUUGGAGAAGGUUCACAAACACCAUCAUCUACAAUUGCUGGUCAAUCUUCAACUGGUUCAACUGGAGCUUUACCAACUACCAAUCCAACAUCAUUUGUUACUACAACUAGUCCAUCAGGAAGCGUUAGUCAAACAACAUCAGUUCCAUCUUCAACUUCAACUAAUACACAAGGAUCAUUUGAAUCUUGGUGGUCUUCAUUCUGGGGUGGUUCACCAACAACAUCAUCUGGAUCAUCUACUGUUGCUGGUCAAUCAUCUAAUGGUUUUUCAACAUCAAUUGAAGCUACUGCAACAACGUUUUCACUUCCACCAUCUGGUUCCAUAUCAAGUCUUAUUCCAUCAGCUUCAAGUACUAGUGAUGACGAUGAAGAGUGUGAAGACCCAACUAGUAGUCAUGUAACCUCAAAUACAAUUGUCAUUCCAACUGGUUCAAUUGGUACAACACUCAGUUCAUUAUUAAGUAGUUUACCAUCUCAAUUAACUUCAUCAGGACUUUUAACUAUUCCAUCAAUUUCAGGAAAUCCAACUUUAAAUAAUUCAAAUACAAAUUCAAUUACAACAAGUUUAAGUUCUUCAAUUGCUGGUGUUUCAAGUUUAAGUUCUUCAAUUGGUGGUGUUUCAAGUUUAAGCUCAGAUGAUGAUGAUGAUGAAACUGACUGUGAUGAUCCAACUUUCACCAAUGAUCCAACAAUUACUACAACUCAAGGAGGCUCAACUUCAACAUUAACUCAAACAACUUCUGGUAAUCCUAAUACUCAAGUUAUUCCAACUACUGUUCAAACAACAAUUGCUGGUGAAAGUACAACUAUAACAUAUACUACAACUAAUAGUGCUGGUGCUCAAAUCACAACAACUUUAACUACUUCAUUACCAGAUGUAACUAAAACUUAUGUAACUACAACUCAUGGUACUAUAACUUCAUAUAAUACAGUGACAAUAACUUAUACUGGUGCUGGACAAACUUUUACAACUUGGGUUACUCAGGAACCAGAAGAUUGUGAAGAAACUGUUGCUUAUACUGUUACAACUACUGUUCCUCAAACUACGAUUGCUGCUGGUGGUGGUAUUUAUACAACUACUGUUACUGUUGUUGUUACUCAUACUGUUUAUCCAGAUUAUGAUGAUGAUGAUUAUUCAAGUGGUUCUUCAGGUAAUUCAGGAUCAAGUGGUAAUCCAGGUAAUUCAGGAUCAAGUGGUAAUUCAGGUAAUUCAGGUAAUUCAAAUAACAAUAAUGAUGAUGAUGGCUGGGAAUGGGUUUGGGAAGAUGAUGAUGAAUGCUCAACAAUUGCUGCUGAAGUAUCAACUCCAACUGGUAAUGCAGGCUCAAACUCAGGUUCAUCUUGGUGGCCAUCUUCAGGUUCUUCUUCAGGCUCUUCUGGUUCAUCUGGUUCAAGUGGUUCAUCAUCAGGCUCAUCAGGAUGGUGGUCAGGCUCAUCAGGAAAUUCAGGAAAUUCAGGUUCUUCAGGUUCUUCAGGCUCUUCAGGCUCUUCAGGCUCUUCAGGAUCUAGUGGCUCUUCAAGUAAUAAUAAUGAUGAUGAUGGAUGGGAAUGGGUUUGGGAAGAUGAUGAUGAAUGUUCAACUAUAGCUGCUUCUGGUUCAAUCCCAACUUCUAAUCCAGGUUCAGGUAGUUCUUCAAGUGGUUCUUCAAGUGGCUCAUCAAGUGGCUCAUCAAGUGGUUCUUCAAGUUCAGAUGUAUCAGGUGGUUCUUCAGGUGGUUCAGGUUCUAUUUGGGGUACAAGUCCAAGUGAUUUAGUUUGUCCAGGAGAAGAUGGUUAUGAAUCAGAAGGAGGAGAUGAAAAUUGUGAUGAUGAUGAUAAUGAUUUAGAAGAUGAGGAAGAUCAAUGUGAAACAACAGUAUCAUAUACUAAUAGUUCUGCAUCACCAACUUCUUCUUUUAUUAUAUCUAAUACAACAACUGCAGAUGUUUCAGAUAUAUUAGGUUCGAUUACUUCAACAACUUCAGCUUCAAUUUCAACUACAUCAUCUGGUGGUUUCUUUGGUUUUAAUCUUUUCGAUGUCGAAGAUGCUGCUAUUACUGAAGGUUCUAUUCCAACUUUAUAUGUCAACUCCACUAAUACUCAUUCUACAAUUACUACAUCAAUUGCAACCAUAUCACAAAAUACAUCAUCUCCAAUUAUUCCAGAUUAUGAAAAUUCAAGUAAUAAAUUAACAAAAUCCAAAUAUAAUUUAUUAUCUAUAUUCAUAACAUUUAUUGCUGUUUUUAGUUUCUUUAUCAUAUAA